AUGACGAUAUGGAAACUCUUCAAAGCUAAACGUGAAGCUCAUGCAGCCCUGAACAAGUUCUUGUUCGAUGCUGAAAACGCAAAAAGGUUAGUUACGCUGUUCGCUAGGAAGUUGUCAUGUUUCUAUCCACCAUGGAGGGAGAACUUUGUCGCCUACACUUUUUACGAUCGCAUCUUCAGCAAAGGAACACUAGAAUAUGCGGUGGUGCGUCUGAUAAGAAACGUCGUCAUAGUGGAAGUUUUCGUAUAUGUCUUUGUUUUGAUUUUCUUCAAUUGGUUGGGCACGGUGGUGUCAAUUGUCAUUCACACUUUUCUCGCAUUAAUGUUCGUUUUCCCACCAUUGAUGAGUUACUUCAUGCUUGCGGUGCACCGUAUGAUUAGCACAAAAGUUCGCACUUUACUCCUUCUUCUGAUGAUAUCGAUGUCGUUCGAGGGACCGGCUAUGAAUGCGGUAACGAAUAUCUACCGCGUGGGCGAAGGUCUCGGAUGCGUUCAAACGGAUGUCACCUCUUCGCUGGAGGAUGUUAAAGGCAGAGCAGGAGAUUUCAAGGAGGUUAUUCAACUAACUAUACGGCUACAGUCGACAAUGAUGUUGAUGGUGGAAUCAAUUCGACGACAAUUUCGAGCAUUGUCAAAUCUGACUAAUUCGUGCAAACGCUUCAUGAAAAAGCCAUAUUCAAUUGUAAGUCGGAAGCCAAGAUAUUUUGUAGAUUGGGUCAUGAGUAACAACCUUUUCAAAGUAAAAAUUGGAUCGAAACCACGUGAGUUGAAUCAUGCUUUUCAGAAAAUUCAGAAGAGCCUUCACGACGUCGUUGCUCAAUAUAUCCUGUUCUUUGAAGCCAUUCAAACAGCAAUCAAAUGGGUUUUCAUACCAGCAACAAUGCUAUGGCCUUUCAUCACAACAGCUUUGUUCACGUUCAAAUUCAAUUACCGAGAAGACUUUGAAAAUACCUAUCUGACACGCGAGUUUGAAAACAUCGACUUAGAUAUGGCAUUACGUGGGCGAACGAAAGCAUUGCCAUUGAACAAGGACGAGAAUGAAAAGUACAUCCCGAGAAAUUCGUGGAAGAUGACGUCUCGUGAAAGGACUUACUACAGGCUCCGGCUUGUUAUCACACUGAUCCUCAGUGCGACACCAUUCUGUUUCAUCUGCAUGGAUGAAGCCGUCUACUCGGUAGGUUUUCAGAUUCUAUCGAACGUGUACUACUAUACGGGUUUGGUUCACGUGGAUUAUCCAUCUCACUACGAAAUCAAGGUAACUAAGGGAGAGAGCGCAAAAAUCUUGCGAAGCAUCCAAGAAGUCUUCUCACCAAAGAUACUUCUACGGAUUGAUUUCAGAUGGAGAGAAUGUUUUGUCAAUCCUUCUCAACCGGAUAGGAACACAUUUUGGUCGAUCGUAUUGAUGUUUGUUGCGGCAGUGUUUCUUUGUCGAUUCCAGGUGUGGAUGUCACGACAAACAUUGGUGUUGGCUGAAUAUCUCUUUCCGGAUCGUGUGAGGCCGAGAGCUUUAACAUUGUACAACCGGAUACUCCAGGAGAGAAAGAAUGUGCUCGGUCAACUAGCCGACGACCAAGUGGCCGGUCGAGAGACGAUUGUUCGUCGCGGAAUGCAAUCAAGAGGAUACAUCAUGGUGAACUGCAGCCUGUGUAGCGCACAGGACCUCCGAGUCGCAGAUGAAUCGAACACACGCCUUUGCGUCUCAUGUGGGGCAUACUAUUGUAUUCAGUGCUUCUGUUUGCGCAGAUAUUGUAAAGAAUGUGAGAACGAUAUGCAAAUUGUCGAUCGGGUUGAACUCUACUACGAGGACCUCACUGACGAUGAAGAGUCGGAAGAAGACGAAAAAGAAGCAGAUGAGGGUGAGUGGAAGGAAGUAUUGGGGGAAGGUACGAGAACAGCCAAACUUGUAGCGUUCGCUCUGGGCAUCUGA